CAUUUACUUCUGGAUUUCGCUAUCGUUCGAAAUGGAUGCUGGAAGACAAAGGUGCAAAGGGGAGCACAAAUGGAUGAUUAUCUGUUUUCUUCUGUGCUUUGGGCAGCAGCUUUCAGCUCAAAUAAGAUACUCUAUUCCAGAGGAGGUCAAAGAGGGAUAUGUUGUAGGAAAUAUCGCCAAGGAUUUGGGACUUGAUGCAAGCACUUUGAUGGACAGACGGUUCCGUAUCGUGUCUGGAUCAGAUGAAGCGCUUUUCGUGGUAAAUCAGAACAAUGGUGUCUUAAAUGUUCAAAGGAAAAUUGACAGAGAGGAGCUGUGUGAUAGUAUUGGAGCAUGCUUGAUUAACCUUAAAAUAGUGGUGGAAAAUCCACUCGAGAUCCAUUAUAUUGCCGUUGAGAUAAAUGAUGUAAAUGAUCACGCCCCUACAUUCACAGAAAAAGAAAAGAUAUUAGAAAUUUCAGAACACACGUUUCAAGGAACGCGUUUUCAGCUGCAAGCUGCGAAUGACCCUGACAGUGGAGUGAAUUCUGUGCGUUUGUAUAAAUUAAGUCAAAACGAGCAUUUUGAUUUAGAAAUAAGAGACAGGGCAGAAGAUAAACUGCCUUUUCUGGUUUUACAAAAGCCCCUUGACCGUGAGCACAAAGCUGAACACAAUAUAAUUUUAACAGCAAUAGAUGGUGGCAAUCCGCCAAGGUCAGGAUCACUAAACAUAACAGUACUUGUUCUUGAUGUGAAUGACAACCGCCCUGUAUUUAGUCAAGAUGUUUAUUCCUCAACACUGCAUGAAAACGUGCAAAAUGGAACUUUGGUAAUGAAAAUUCUUGCAAGUGAUUCUGAUCACGGUCCAAAUGGUGAAGUGACUUAUACCUUUGGAGGGGCUAACAACCAGAAUAUUUUUAGCUUGGAUAGAUUAACAGGUGAAAUUCGUGUUAUAGGAGAGGUAGACUUUGAAAAGAAUAAUGUUUAUAAGUUGGAUAUACAGGCAUCUGACAAUGGGCAACCGCCUUUGACCACUGACUGUAGAGUCAUUUUAAAAAUACUUGACAUAAAUGAUAAUAAGCCGACCAUAGAAGUGACGUCAUUAUCGAAGAUCGUGCCUGAAGAUUCCAAGUCUGGUACUGUAAUCUCACUCAUUAGUGUUACUGACAGAGACACUGGUGUUAACGGAAAAGUUGUGUGUACUCUCUCAGAAAAUGUUCCAUUUGAAGUAAAACCAUCAGUUCAGGACAACAUGUACUCCUUAGUGACUAAAGGGGUCCUGGAUCGUGAAACUGUAUCACAUUAUGAAAUUACAAUAACAGCGACCGACUUGGGUCAGCCUCCACUGUCCUCCUUUAAAACUCUGAGCGUGCAGGUGUCCGAUGUUAAUGAUAACCCACCUGAAUUUAGCAUAAAUCCUAUCGAAUUAUAUAUGAUUGAAAACAAUGCUGCAGGCGCGCCCAUUCUCACACUGAGUGCUUUUGACAAAGACCUAAAUGAAAACUCUGUGAUUUCAUAUCAGAUUAUUAAAGGGAAUGGGACACAAAGUGACAUGACAUCGUUUUUAAACACGAAUUCAGAGACAGGCGCAAUUUAUGCACUUAAAAGUUUUGAUUUUGAAACUACCAAAAAGUUCCAGUUCCAUGUGCUCGCUAAAGACUCUGGAAGUCCGUCUCUGAGCAGUAACGUGACAGUAAACGUGUUUAUUCUGGAUCAGAACGACAACGUUCCAGUGAUCUUAUAUCCAGUCAGCGCUAACGGUUCUGCUGAGGGUGUGGAAGAGAUUCCCCGGAAUGUGAACGCUGGUCAUUUGGUGACUAAAGUCAGAGCCUAUGACGCAGAUAUAGGAUACAACGGCUGGUUAUUGUUUUCACUGCAGGAAGUUAGUGACCACAGUCUCUUUAGUUUGGACCGCUAUACAGGACAGAUAAGAACCCUUCGCUCAUUCACAGAAACAGACGAGGCCCAGCAUAAACUGCUCAUACUGGUCAAAGAUAAUGGGAACGUUUCACUCUCAGCAACAGCGACUGUGAUGGUCAAAGUUGUGGAGCCCAAAGAGGCUUUUGCAGCUUCUGAUGUUAAAAACGCAGUAAAAGACGAGGAGGAAAACGACGUGACAUUUUAUCUGAUCAUCACUUUGGGCUCGGUUUCAGUGCUUUUUGUCAUCAGCAUCAUCGUGUUGAUUGUGAUGCAGUGCUCUAAAUCUACAGACUAUUCGUCCAAGUUUUUACAGGAGACAAAUUACGACGGAACUCUGUGCCACAGCAUCCAGUACAGAUCUGGAGACAAACGGUACAUGUUAGUUGGACCCAGAAUGAGUAUCGGCUCUACAAUAGCGCCAGGCAGUAAUAGGAAUACUCUAGUGAUACCAGAUCGCAGGAGGAGAGAUUCUGGAGAGGUAAGGCUGGCGGAUUUAUUCCUUUUGAACAGUUUUAUUUAG